CGGCGAUCAGCUGUUAAUGUUUAAUUUGUUUACGUUUUAACUGCCAUAUUUCCAAUAAUGCAACGUUUUGUAAAGAUAUUUGGCCAACAAAAAUGCAAAGUGAUUGGCAUGAUACACGUGGACGCGCUGCCAGGAACGCCUCGAUAUGCCGGCAACUGGAAACAGACGAUUGAAAAGGCCAUAUAUGAGGCGAAUCUCUACAAGCGCCACCAGCUGGAUGCCGUACUCAUCGAGAAUAUGCAUGACAUUCCGUAUGUGCCGGAACGCCUUCUGGGUGCGGAAAUAGUCGCUUGCAUGACGCGCCUGGGACAGGCGGUGCGGGAUGUGAUCCCCAAGGCAACUCCCUGCGGUGUACAGGUUCUAGCCUGUGGCAACAAGCAGGCUCUGGCCAUAGCCAAGGCCAGCCAACUGCAGUUUAUACGCAGCGAAGGCUUCGUAUUUGGCCAUGUGGCCGACGAGGGAUAUACGGAUGCGUGUGCUGGAGAUCUGCUGCGUUACCGCAAGCUUAUCGAUGCGGAAGAUGUGUUGAUUUUCACGGAUCUGAAGAAGAAGCACAGCUCACAUGCCAUAACGUCGGAUGUCAGUCUGCUGGAGACGGCGCAUGCAGCGGAGUUCUUUCUCACCGAUGGAAUUGUCAUCACAGGCACAGCAACAGGCCAUGCAGCGAGUCCAGAAGAUCUGCAGGAGUUGUCGGGCCGCGUAAAGGUGCCGCUGUUGAUUGGUUCGGGCGUGACCAAGGAUAACAUUGGACUGUACUUCAAUGACGCUCAUGCAGUCAUAAUUGGCUCGCAUUUUAAGAGCCACGGAAGCUGGCUGGAAGAGAUUAGCGAGGAGGCGGUGGGUAGUUUCAUGCGUAAAGUCUGCGAGCUGCGGCAGCCGAGUUGAUUUUAAUUGUAAAUUUGUUUAUUGAUGAUGAUGAAAAAAGAUAAAUGCGAAAUGUCCAUGA